AUGACCGCGGUGUUUGGUCAUUUGUUUUUAGACUGCCUCAAUGUUCGCUUAAAUAUUCUUCAUUUUACCUUGACUUCUUCUCUCUACUCUGCCGCCCAAUUUUCAAGCAGUUUCACAUGUAAUGAACAUUACAUGUGAGUCAAAAAUGUGCUCCCAUUUUAAUUUUAACUCAACUGUAGUUCUAAGUCAAUUAGGCUGAUUAGUAUCAACUGUCUAUCGAACCAUUUGCCUAAAAACCUAUAAACGCUGUUCACACAAUCCGUCUACCAAUUUGAGGAACCUUCAAAAUGGUCAAAACCAAUGUCAUUUGUUAAAGUGAUAUACCUAUCAUUAUCUGAAACUUGGUGAGGGAAACUAUGAUUCUUAUUCGUGGGAAUCGUUUUGUGAGACGUCUUUCACUUUAUCGCUGCAAGUUAUGUAUGACAAUAUACGUGGUGGUAGCAGUUUUCUUCAUCAUAGCCAGUUUGCCGAAUCUUCCGCCUCGGGUCGUUUACACUCAUCCUGAUGAACUUACUGAUAAGGAGCUCUGUAGCCAACCAGGAAGCAAAGUCUGUUGCCCGAAAAGUGAAGAGCUUGAUCUAACCCAAUAUAGCUCAGAUACUCCCACAGAUUUUCUGAACUUGUUAUAUGAAGCUCAGCAUGUUUGUGAGGGGAGUUGGAAACCGCAAUGUGUGUCUUCACAAAAAAUAGCUGUCAUUAUACCCUAUAGGGAACGAGAAAAGCACCUUAAGUUAUUAUUGCCAAGACUACAUGCUUUGUUGCUACGACAAAAUAUGCCGUAUUAUGUUUUUGUGAUUGAGCAGGCUGGAACCACUCCUUUCAAUCGUGGACUACUACUUAAUGUUGGAGUUUUGCAUGCACUGGAUAUUGAUCCAGAUAUUAAUUGUUUUAUCUUUCAUGAUGUUGAUCUUUUACCUGAGAAAAGUGAAAAUUUUUAUAUUUGUGAUACAGAAUUAAGACAUUUAUCACCUGCUGUUGAUGACUUCCGAUAUCAUCCACCAUUUGUAAACUUUGCAGGAGGUGUUGCUGCUAUGUCUAAAGAGAAUAUUUUCAAGAUCAAUGGAUUUCCAACACGUCAUUGGGGUUGGGGUAGUGAAGAUGAUGAAUUUUCAGCACGUGGUUUAAUUUAUAAUUUAAAAUUAACUAGACCACCAGAAUUUAUUGGACGUUAUAAAACACCAAGACAUAAAAAACAUUCUAUAUCUAUAAACCAUCAAAGUGAAUUUAUUCAAUUUCGUAAUUAUUUACAUGAUGGUUUAUCUAUUUUAAUACAAAAAAAUUUUUAUCAAACAUGGAAAUUAGAAUCUGUUCAUAAAAAAAUCAAUAAAAUUGUAUUCAAUCAUAAUAAUAAUAAUAUUGAAACAUUUAAAAUUCCUUCAUUUUUAAAUGAAUGUACGCGCCAAAAUAUUUUUAAACAAUUAAAUAUUACUAAUGAUUCUUCUAUUGAAAUUAUUCAUAAUUUAAAACAAAUUUCAUUAGAUAAUAUUCAAUUAUUAAAUUCUUUUUCACGUGAUGAUUUAUUUAUACAUUUUAUAUUUGAUCCAAUAGAUUUAUAUAAACAAUAUAAAAGUUUAAUAAAACCUAAAGGUAAUCAUACUGAUGAAUCUUUAUGGUGGUUUCUACAUUUCUAUGGAUGGAUAUAAUAUAUAUCUGCUAUAGGAUAUAUAUAUAUACUUUUUGCUUGUACCAUAUAUAUUUUGAUUACGUAACAGAUAAAUCACCUUCAAAAUGGAGUUGUAGUUUGCAGUUAACAACCGAAGCAAACUCUCG